CUCGUUUGGAAAAAAAAAUUGCGUGCGGGUCGUGCGAGCAUGUUUUAAAACGUUUCGGUUGAAAGUUUUGUGAAACUGUGCCUAAAAUACAGUAUUUUCCUUGUAAAAACUAUCGCGAAUAGAAGCUGGUGAUCGUACGUUGAGUUUUCAGUGUUUACGCAAUCGCCAUCUGCCAGCCAGCAUGUCCUAUCUGUGGCGGUUUGUCGCCCGGCAGCCACUGCUAGCGGUGCGUUCCCAGCAGUUGGCCUCACUUUCGACGGUCACGGCUAAUGCCCCGGACCCAGCACAGUUGGAAGAUUUCCGAACCCGCGAAUCGAAUCCGGUCAGCCAUGGUCGCAGCCAUCUUUCGCGAUUCUAUAGUAUCCCGAUCGAUGUUAGGAAACAAAUUUUCGCCCACGGAGGGCUUCCGAAAUCGUUCGAAAAGCAAACGAAAACUUUCAACGAAACCUGCCUGAUGGUUCGGGAACCGGCCAUUGAAUUGAUAGGCUAUUUGAAUGGGACCGAUUUCCAGAAGCCGGUUAACCGGUUUGUGCUGUAUGGGAAAGAUGGUGCUGGGAAAUCAUUGGUUUUGGCUCACUUGUUACACUAUGGGUCGAGUCAGAAGUUUGUGCUGGUUCAUGUUCCAUGGGUUCCGAAUUGGAUGAAGCGUGCUAAAGAAACGGCCAACUCUAGCACCCGGGAGGGAUGUUUGGAUCUUCCACUGGACGCGGCAGCUUGGUUGGUUCAUUUCAAAAAUCAAAAUGCAAAGUUGCUUUCGGAAUUAGAUCUGAAAACAAGCCGGGAGUACGUUUGGAGUAAACGUGAAGUUACACAGGCAGGUGCACCUUUAAUGGAACUGGUCGAGCACGGCAUAAACCGGGCCAAGUUCAGCUGCGAUACCGUGGCAGUUUUGCUUCGUGAGCUGAAAGAGCAAUCCACCCAGGGCAAAGCCAAAACAAUGGUCGUCAUCGAUGGAUUCAAUGCAUUCUUUCAUGACAAAACGAGACUUCAGACGGAAAAUAAGGUCCGCAUUACGCCGGACAAAAUGACCCUUACGCAGCCCUUCCUGGACAUCACCCGAGCCGAUUGGUGUAACGGGGUGUGCAUUCUAGCUGUGGAUCGAAUGGCUCUGACCGAGGACCGGAUGGAAUCGGAACUGCCGAUGUACCAACUACGUAGGGAAGGUUUCGAGCAUUUGGAUCCGUUUGUGCCGAUUCGAGUGGACAACUAUUCGGAGGAAGAGUACCACAGCUGCAUCCAGUACUACCUGAACCGGAAGUGGAUCCAGACGACGGAGCCGGGUUUCGAUCGGGAGCUGGAGUUUUUGAGUGGGAAGAAUCCGUUCAAGUUGAUGCAGUUGAGUGCUGGGUUGUGAGCUGGUGUUGAGAUUUGUGAAUAAUAGAGGAGUAUGGAAG